AUGUCUGUCCGAAGACGUCUUCAAACCGGCGCUCAGCGCAACGGUCCACAAUCAUCCCCCGCACCCUCCAGAUCCCACCCUCCUAAUCCAAACGAACGAAUUCCCUUCCCACACUACAACCCACCAAUCUGUCCUCUCUCCGCGCAUGCCCAACGAGCCAUCGCCAAUAUCCCUACUCUCCGUAAUUCCGCCAAGCUAAAGAAACAUAUCAAUGCUGCUAUUAAAAACGUCACACAAACGACUGUUGCCAAUAACGAUAGGAUAUGGGAGCGCAAACGACAGGUAGAUAAGAAUGCGCGGAAGAGAACAAGGGAUGGUCAAGAAGAUGAGGAGAUGCCAGCAGAGCAAAAGAAUUUGGAAGUUCAUACGAAGCAUAUGUCUAAGAAGGUUAAGUCUUGGACAGAGCAGGCGGAGAUCGCAAUGAGGAUUUUGAUUGAUCACGGUGAUGAGGUGGAGAGGAAUGAAAUGGUCAUUGGGGAUGUUUGUAAUAAAUUAGCUGUGGCUAAUCCCGCGACAGCAAAUCGGAGGAACAGAGGUCAUGAUGAUGAAGAGGAAGAGACGCCGGAUGGCGAGGUUAUAAGUGCAGUGGAGUUGUUGGAUCAAAUCAAGGGGGAGUAUAGGACGAAAUAUGAGGCGGAAAGUAUGACGAAAAGAUACGCCUCCCAUAAUGAUUACAAGAGCUUUAAGCGUGUAGUCCACGAUUCCCUCCACCCAGAUGAAGAUGUACCGCUUCCCAGAGAAUCCACAUGGUUCCCGUCCGACCGCUCGCAGCCCUCUGCGCAAGGUAACGAAGAACGCGAAGGAGAAUCUUCCGGCGACGAGAUCGUCAUUGAAAGAAUCGUCAAAGAUCUCAAAUGUCCUCUCACUUUUGCUACAUUCCGCGAACCAUACACCAACAACAAAUGCAACCACAGUUUUGAAAAAGAGGCGAUCACGGAAUAUCACAGAAGUAACGCGAUGUUGAAAGAGGGGAGAAGAGUAGUCAAAUGUCCGGCGAUGGGAUGUGAGAAUUUCAUUGCGAUGAAUGAGAUGUAUGAUGAUCAAUUAUUGUUGAGACAGGUGAAGAGAGCUACAAAUAGGAGAGAGGGGGAUGAUGAUAGUGAUGAUGGGGAUAAUAAUGCUCCGAGAGGAGUACAGAGAAAUAGACCUCAGGAGUUGGGCGAUGAGAGCGCUUUUAUGGAUGUGGAUGAUGAGGAGCGGAGGAAGAGCGCACCUACUUUGACGCAAGUUAGUACGGAUGGUGAAGAUGGAGAGGAUGACGAUGAAUGA